CUCUUCCCAAACACGUGGAUCUCUUCCGGGUUCUUCAUCCUUUGUUCCCUGUUCGUCAGCAGCCCAGAAGCGGGAGUGUUGAUAAAGCUGUAAGAGAGCUGCAGCAGCAGCAGUUGAUGAACUCUGGAAAGAAGUCCAGCAGCUUGAGGAACAUCUGGUCAAAGAAACUGGAGGGAAGCAGGAGCUCAAACAGCGGCAGGACGCAGCAGAGGAAGAGACACCAGAUGAUGGAUGAUGUUUUCCAGCCCAGAUUAGUGCUGCCAGCAGAUGUUAAAGAAGAGGCUCCUGAAGAACAGAGUCCUGAUGUGGAUCAGCAGGAGCCAGAGCCCCUCCAGAUAAAGGAGGAACAGGAGGAACUCUGGACCAGUCAGGAAGGAGAGCAGCUCACUGUGAAGGAGGAGACUGAUACCAGGUUUCCAUUAACUGCAGCUCCUAUCAAGAAUGUUAAAGAAGAGGCUCCUGAAGAACAGAGUCCUCAUAUGAACCAGCAGGAGCUGGAGCUCCUCCACAUAAAGGAGGAAAAUGAAAGAAUCUGGGCCAGCCAGGAUGGAGAACAACUGAAUGUGAAAAAAGAGACUAAUGAUACCAUGUUUCCAUUAACUGUUGUUCAUAUGAAGAGUGAAGAGGAUGAAGAGAAACGUCUGCUCUCUCAGCUUCAUCAACACAAAACAGAAGAGAGAGAUCUUCCAAGAAGCAUCUCAACUGACCAGAUAAAAGUAGAAAUGAUAGAAGAGGACUGUGGAACUGGUGUGAAGCAUCAUAAAUCUGAGCUUAAACUCUUAUCAGACUCUGAAACUGAAGACAGUGAGGUUGAUUGGAAGGAGAGCAGGACUCCAGGGUCAGGCAGAAACGCUGUCAACAAAUCUUUGAGCUGCUCUGAGUGUGGAGGAAAAUUUACUAACAGACGCUCUCUUCAGAGUCACAUGACAUGUCAUCCAAGAUUAACGUCUUCAGAUUGUUCCAGUAAUGAGACGUGUUUCAGAGAGAAGAAAAUUAUAGAUUCACUGACAAAAGUCCAGAAAGGUGUUAAAAAGUUUAAUUGUGGUGAGUGUGGUCAAGGUUUUACCAGGAAACAUAACUUAAAACAACACAAAAAAGUCCAUGCUGGGAAACCCUUUAGUUGUGAUGCAUGUGGAAAAAGAUUUUACUAUAAGGCACAAUUAAGCAUGCACAUGAGAAUUCACACAGGAGAUAAACCUUUUAGUUGUGAUGCAUGUGGGAAAAGAUUUGCCUGGGGGUCAUAUUUAGACAUACAUAUGAGAAUCCACACAGGAGACAAACCCUUUGGUUGUGAUGCAUGUGGAAAAAGGUUUGUGCAGAAGUCAACUUUAGAUAAACACAUGAGAAUUCACACAGGAGAUAAACUCUUUGGUUGUGAUGCAUGUGGGAAAAGAUUUGCCUGGAAGUCAUAUUUAGACGUACACAUGAGAAUUCACACAGGAGACAAACCCUUUGGUUGUGAUGCAUGUGGUAAAAGAUUUGUCUCCAAGUCAAAAUUAAACAAACACAUCAGAAUUCACACAGGAGAUAAACCUUUUAGUUGUGAUGAAUGUGGAAAAAGAUUUGUCUCCAAGUCAAAUUUGAACAUACACAUGAAAAUUCACACAGGAGAUAAACCCUUUGCUUGUGAUGCAUGUGGAAAAAGAUUUGCCUGGAAGUCAUAUUUAGACGUACACAUGAGAAUCCACACAGGAGACUAACAUUUGCUUGUGACACAUGUGGAAAACGUUUUGCUUCAAAAUCAUAUUUAUACAAACGCAUGUCAAAUCCACACCAGGUAGAUAGUUGUGAAUAACUGGUUGGGCUAACCCCCAACAGCAACAACUGCAAUAAAGCAUUUGUGAUAACA